AUGCUGACUUUCAAUGACUCAGUCUUCAUGCCCUCUGUACUAACACUCAUUGGGAUUCCUGGCCUAGAGUCUGUGCAGUGUUGGAUUGGGAUUCCGUUCUGUAUCAUGUACCUGAUUGCUGUGACUGGGAAUUCCCUAAUCUUAGCUGUAAUCAAAUAUGAGAACAGCCUCCACAAUCCCAUGUACAUUUUUUUGGCCAUGUUGGGGGGCAUAGACAUUGCACUCAGCACAUGUAUUCUUCCCAAAAUGUUAGGCAUCUUCUGGUUUCAUUUGCCAGAGAUUUAUUUUGAAGUCUGCCUCCUGCAAAUGUGGCUGAUUCACUCAUUCCAGGCAAUUGAAUCAGGUGUCCUGCUAGCCAUGGCCCUGGACCGCUAUGUUGCCAUCUGUCACCCCCUGAGACAUGCCACCAUCUUUUCUCAACAACUCCUGACUUAUAUUGGAGUUGGGGUGACACUCAGGGCUGCCAUUCUUGUAGCACCAUGUCUGCUGCUUAUCAAAUGCCGCCUUAAAUUCUACCAAACGACAGUCAUCUCCCACUCUUAUUGUGAGCACAUGGCCAUUGUGAAACUGGCUGCUGAAGACAUCCAGGUCAACAAGGUAUAUGGUCUAUUUGUUGCCUUCACCAUCCUAGGGGUUGACAUAAUCUUUAUCACCUUGUCCUAUGUUCAAAUCCUUAUCACUGUCUUUCCACUGCCCCAGAAAGAGGCACGAUUCAAAGCCUUCAAUACAUGCAUUGCCCACAUUUGUGUCUUCCUACAGUUCUAUCUCCUUGCCUUCUUCUCUUUCUUCACACAUAGGUUUGGUUCUCACAUACCACCCUAUGUUCACAUCCUCUUGUCAGACCUUUACCUGUUAGUCCCACCUUUUCUCAACCCGAUUGUCUAUGGGGUAAAGACCAAACAAAUUCGUGAUCAAGUCCUGAAAAUAUUUUUCUCCAAGGAAAUAUCUUGA